UCGCGAACCCAUUAUGAACGGCCCAAGGAACGGAUCAAACGUCCAUACAAGACUGAACGACGACCUAGGUCAAUUGUAGUUGAUUUUGCCCUUGCACCCCCAGCAAACUCAUCAGGACAUCUAAGCAAACAUUAGAUGCCCCGCCGAAGCGCGCAAUACGAGUGUGGCAGACGUAUGAACGUGCUAGAGGUUUCUUAAAAUCCAAUUUUUUUGUUUGACUCAUCUCGAUGAACACCACACUUAGAGAUUUGUUUUGAACAUACAUAUUUCUUCAGAUAAUUAUACAAUUUUAAUCCGACUCUAAUUUCUUUCAUCAUCACCAUGAUCUAAUUCCAUCGUCUAACCUCUGCUAAGUUAAUCGAUUCGACCAUAUCCGGAUUGAGUAGACAAAACAACUAACACAUCCUCUUCCCCAUAACAAAAAAGCUGCAUAUAUUAUUUGAAGUCCACAAAAAGCACAUGAAAAUGUUGAGUAGUACCAACUAUAUACCAUUACACACAUAUCCAGUCUUUGUUCUACAUCUCAAUUAUGUACAUGUAACACAUCAUAUAUAUUCGGCGCGCGGUGACUGACCUCCCAAAAGGCCAAUUAACUGAAGAUGAAAGGCGCCCCCCGCCCUAGCCCUAGUAAAUGAUAUAUUUAAGAAAUCACAAGUCCUCGCAUGAACCCACGUAUGCAAAACCAUUUAAAUAAAUAAAUGUACAUACUCACUCAAUUAAUACACAGUCACAUGUACACAUAAAUACAUGCCAAAAACAUCAAGUGUAUUAAUAUUCAAUGGCGUUACCCUACAAACCAAAGCAGUCCACACGUAAGAUUCCCUCCCUUUUAAUUUCCUCCCCAAUAUAUAUAAAUAACCCUUCCUUCUCUUCCUUUCUUCAAUCUUCACACCACCAAUACGAUAAAGCCUAAAAUAAUGGGCAAAAUCCAUCCCAUCUUCUCCACCUCCUCCGCCGUCGACGCCUCAACGUCGCCGUCAUGCGACGUUACUUCGACCACGGAGACGUUCACCAUGUGGAUGAAGUCGCUGGUGAUGAACGGCAACGGAUGCACCAUCUACGACCAAAACGGCGCCGUCGUGUACCGGGUCGACAACUACCAGAAGAAGGGCGGGCGGGAGGUGUGCCUCAUGGACCUCAAGGGCAAUCUCGUCUUCACGAUCCUCAAGACGGCUUCCUUCCUGUGCCCGUUCUUGUCGAGGAAGUGGAAGGGCUACCGAUGCGACGAGGAGACGGCGUCGUUUUCUGUCGCGAGGAAGAGAUUAUUCGCGGCGGAUUUGUGUUGCGGGGGCCGGUAUAGGUUGGAAGCGUCGUGUGGUGCGAAGGUGACGGCGUUUAAGAUAACGGACGUGGUUAGCGGCGGGGUUGUGGCGGAGGCGAAGAGGAAGCAGCAGUCGAUGUUGACGGAGGGGAACGGAGUGUUGUUGGGGAACGACGUGAUGACGUUGGUGGUUCAGCCGGGAGUUGACCGGUCGUUGGUUAUGGCUCUGGCCACCGUCUAUGGCUUGAUGAGCCGCAGAUUAUGAUGAUGUUCGUGUUUUUUUUUUUUUUUUUUUUUGCUAGGUUUUUUUCCCCUUCUUAUUUUCCUUUUUGGAUGGAAUAUAAUGUGGAGAGAGAGAGAGAGAGAGAGAGAGAGAGAGGGAAGAUGAAACGUUUUUUUUUUUUUUUUUGUGAGACCCAUUUUCCGAUCUGGAAUUGGAUAGAGGAAGAAGAUGGGUUCCAUUGUAGUUGUAAGAUGGAAAGGGGGAAAGAACAGGUAGGCAAAGUGAAGAAAUUAAUAGAAGAAAAUUGAGUUGUAGCUUUGUAGUCUGUACAUUUGUUCUUCUUUUGAUUUGUGUAUAUGUUCUGGUGACUAUACUUUUUCUAGAAAUAAUUUGGGAGCCCACGGAAAAGAUCGAUUUACCAAUUUGUACGAAGGUAGUAACAUUUCUCUUUUUAUGUUAGAUUGAAAAGAAUCAGACAUUCUAUCGAAUUGUUGAGAGAGAUUUUACUGUAAGAGUGAACCAAAAAGUGUUUUUCUUCGAUGAGUAUAAUACCUUAAUCACGCGAGUUACCACUUUUACUUAGAUACAAGAAUGUGGUGCAUAUAAAUUUAUCAUUAUUAUUGUUAUCAUUGUCAAGUUAUUAAUUAAUUGAGUCAGUUUAGUCAUUGUUUAGGAAUCAUAUUCAUUAUUAAGGUAGUUUCUUUACGAGUAAGUUACCGAGUCCUUUUAGAAUUAGUUUUGGGGUUUAUGCCUUUGCUAUAAAUAUGUAUUUUGUGGUUCAGUUAUUAUUAUCAGAGACAAAGAAUAUUUUGUUUAUGGUACCUUUUAUCUUUCGUAUCUUAUGAGUAGAAGUCAUUUAACUAUUUUAUCCAUGUUUAAGAGAAUUUAUGCGCAACAACGUACAUCUUCUUAUAUUAUUCUCUUGUUAAAGGAUAUGUAAUACUAUGCAAUUAGUUAAAUUCUAAAUAUUUUUAUUUCGUAACUCAUUGUUCUAUAGGCUGGUUAUUAUACAGGGGUGUUAUCUUAAUAUUUUCUUUAUUAGCCUUUCACUUAUAUCCAAAUUAUGAUGGGAUAUGCGAGUAACAAUUCUCUUCAGUCAAGUAUAGGGUCUUCCCCAAAAAUAACUAGAGGGUGGUCAACAUUUUUGUUCUAAUAAACAAGAAUAUUGGGGGGAAAUAAUUAAUAUUUCAACGAAUAUAUAAGAGGAAGAAGAUCAAAGACAAAGAGAGGGAAAUCAAUUAUUUCCAAAAUAGAAUUGAAUAAAAUAUAGAGGGUAUAUAUAUAGAAUUAAUAUGCAAUUAGCCGAUCUGUACAACUCGAAAACCAUAAUCGUAUCUUCUGACAAUUGAUCUGAAAGGAACUGCCUACCUCUAAUUGUGACCUGUCCAAGAUCGAUUUUGGUAACAAAUUAAAUGACGGAUCUAAAACCAAAUUACAGAUUAAUUUUAUUGGAUCAUUGUCAGAGAAUAUUCACUCUUUGUUUUUUACAGAUACGUGCAUGUACAAAAUAAAUUAUAUGUACAUGCAUGAGACCGAUUACUGUGCCGGAUUAUCCCAGUCCCAGAAGUGAUUUCAGAUCCACGAAAAUAAAAAUUAUGACUAUCAGACAGUAAAUAAAUACAACUUGAAACUGAUGGACUAGGGUUUUUUUCUCUUUUUUUCUUGAUUAUAUAUUAAGUGGCUCACAGUGGAUCUUCAUCUAAUUAAACCGGCCUCGAUUAACACACCACGAAGGUUAACGAAUCGGCUUCAAUUUCUAAAUCAUAUCCAUUUCUCGAACAAAUUCAAGUAAUUAAGAGCUAGAAACAACAAUGUACGUGGGGGGAGCAAUUCAAUUAAUUUUUAUUAGAUAUGUUUUCAAGAUAAGUAUGCAUAAUAAAUUUAAUAAUAAGAU